AUGAGGCUGUCAAGUGAAGACGACGUUCUGCAUCGUUCGAGCCCAGGAACGCCCGCGGAGAUGCGCCAGACCUCCCAAGCAACCGUCGUCGACCCAGCGCUCAUUAGGCCCUCAGUUUAUUACAACGAUGGUCCGUUCGACGCCCCAGGCAGCUCAGACGAGGAGGCAGAGUCCUUGUUGGAUGACGACGACAAGGACAGGCCUGACUCGCCUGGCAUGGCUGAGCUGGGGCUAGGAAGUGCCAGAAGCACUGUCGACGGACGCAGCAUGCGAUCCCCACUCAAGCAGGGCACAUCUGCGUCGCUUCGCUGGCUCAUUAUUGGGCUGGUGGGCCUUGUCGGCCUUGCUGUCGGCAUUGGCUUCAUCGCCGCUGUCACUUACACGGACGCUCCUUUGGUUCAGGGCUUGCGCAAACUCACGAUGGAUCAUAUCUUCAACGGGACAUUCUCGGCUCGAACGACGCAGCUGAACUGGGUACCCGAAGGGUUGCGCAAGAUUACUAUGGACCACAUAUUUAACGGCACCUUCUCCCCUCAAUCCACGUCCCUUCACUGGAUUCCUGAGGCUGGAGACGGCGUUUUCUCAGUGUCAACAGACGGGUCAAUCAACCUGGUCUCACUGAGCACCAAUUCGACAAGGAAACUUGUCGACCUUGCGGACAUCAGGGAUGAACAAGGAAAUCCACUCGCAAUCGCGGAUUGGAAAGUGUCACCAGACAUGCACCACAUUCUCGUUAAAGCCGACUACCGCAAGCAAUGGCGCCAUUCGAGCUUCGGGAACUACUACGUUCACAACCUCGAAACCAAGCAAACCUGGCCUAUCAUCCCACCUUCCAGCCCCUCCAAGACCGCGUACGCAACAUGGUCCCCCACGGGAGAAGCCAUUGCCUAUGUCGUAGAGAAUGACCUCUAUGUCAUCCCUACCGCCGACCCCUCCGCCGAGCAUAUUCGCGUCACCACCACCGGGAACGCGACCUUCUUCCACGGUGUACCCGACUGGGUGUACGAGGAGGAAGUCUUCAGCGGCGACCACGCCCUCUGGUUCUCCCCCGACUCGAGCAAGAUCGCUUUCUUGUCCUUCGACGAGACUGAGGUCCCAGAGUUUACUUUCCCGAUCUACAACCCCACUGAGGAUGCUACGACUGUUAACCCCUAUACCACCGAGGUGGUCAUGAAGUACCCUAAGCCUGGCUACCCCAACCCAAUCGUCUCGGUGCACGUCUUCGACUUAGAGCGCUAUCUCAACGAGCACGAAGGCUCCGGCGGGCCCGACGGCACCGAAGUCCUCACCCUCGACUGGCCCAACCGCCAAGCCGCCAACAACAGCGUCAUCAUGGAAAUCGCCUGGCUCUCCAACUCGUCGUUGAUCGUCAAGGAGGUGAACAGGAAUGCUGAUGACGGGCAUGCUAUUUUGUUCGAUUUGUCGAAUGAGGAGAGUGUUAGGGCGAGGGCUACGGGACAGAUUGUGAGGAAGCUGGGCAAGGAUGGGGAGCAGGGUGAUGAUGGGUGGAUUGAUGCUGACCAAGCGAUCUAUCCUCUGUAUCUUCCUGAUGGUGAGGACGCGUACCUCGAUAUCGUACCCAGCAAGGACGGCUUCAACCACAUCGCUCUCUUCCGCCCGGCUACCUCCAGCGAACCCCAAUGGCUCACCACCGGUGACUGGGAAGUUACCGGCCUGAUUCGAGCUGUCGAUACCAAGAAGGGUUUGGUAUAUUUCACUGCUGCCAAAUCUGAGAGACAAGCGUCGAUCGAGCGACACCUCUUCUCUGUUCCUUUGCCGCUUGAUGGAUCUACGCCUGUUGCAACGGAUAGUCCUACGCCUUUGACGGAUAUCACUAAGCCUGGGUACUAUGGUACCUCGUUCUCGCCCCAGGCUGGGUACUAUGUCUUGACCUAUAGUGGACCGAGUGUGCCGUGGCAGCGGGUUAUCCAGGUCGACAACUCUUCCUUUGAGUAUGUAUUGAAUACCAAUGAUCGAUUGAAGGCUGUCGAUGCGGAGUACGAGUCUCCUAUCGUCACUUAUUCCACUCUUAUGAGCGAUGGAUAUGAACUCAACGUCAAAGAAACCCGACCUCCCAAAUUCGACGACUCGGGCCGCACCAAAUACCCCGUCCUCUUCUACGUCUACGGCGGGCCCUUCUCUCAACAAGUCGACGCGCGCUGGCCCCGCACCGCCUGGAGCAACUACCUCGCCGCCGGCCUCGGCUACAUCGUCGUCUCGGUCGACGGACGUGGUACCGGCUACAAGGGCCGCAAGCUGCGCAAUCCUGUCAAGAACAAUUUAGGUUUCUUUGAGACGAUUGAUCAGAUUGAAGCUGCGAGGCAGUAUGUGAGGAAGCCGUAUGUUGAUUCGAAGAGGAUUGGGAUUUGGGGGUGGAGUUAUGGUGGGUUUAUGAGUUCGAAGGUUGUGGAGGCGAAUGAGGGGGUGCAUACGUUGGCUAUGGCUGUUGCUCCUGUAACGAGCUGGCUGUUGUACGACACGAUCUACACCGAGCGCUACAUGAACCUCCCGGCUCUCAACCCCGGCGGCUACGUCAAUGCGUCCAUCUCGAAUGUCACCGGCUUCCACAAUGUCGACUACCUCCUUGCCCAUGGUAGCGGAGACGAUAACGUCCACUACUCCAACUCGGCCCAUCUAUUGGAUAUGUUUACCCAGGCGAAAGUUAGGAAGUAUAGAUUUAGGAUGUUUACUGAUAGUGAUCAUAGCAUUGCUAGACGUGGAGCCAACCGGGAGGUGUAUGAAUACCUUACCGCGUUCUUGGAAGAGAAGUGGGGUAAGGGGCCCAAGAGGAGGGGUUAG